GGUUACUGAGUUGCUGCCUUGGCCAGAGUCCGGAGCAGCCGCCGCCCGAGCGCGCCGAGCUCAGCUUCCCGCGCCGGCCCCGAUCCCGGCCCGUCCCCGACCCGGCCCGGCCAGGUUUCACACGCAGCAGCCACGAUGGAGGUGAUGAACCUGAUCGAACAGCCCAUCAAGGUGACCGAGUGGCAGCAGACGUACACCUAUGACUCAGGCAUCCAGUCGGGCGCCAACACCUGCGUGCCCUCCGUCAGCAGCAAGGGCAUCAUGGAGGAGGAGGACGCCUGCGGGCGCCAGUACACACUCAAGAAGACUACCACCUACACCCAGGGGGUGCCCCAGGGCCAAGGUGACCUGGAUUACCAGAUGUCCACGACGGCCAGAGCCAAGCGGGUGCGCGAGGCCAUGUGUCUUGGCGUGACGGGUGAGGACAGCUCGUUGCUGCUGACCACCCAGGUGGAGGGGCAGCCCACCAACCUGCAGCGGUUGGCCGAGCCCUCCCAGCUACUCAAGUCGGCCAUUGUGCAUCUCAUCAACUACCAGGACGAUGCCGAGCUGGCCACCCGGGCCCUGCCUGAGCUCACCAAGCUGCUCAACGAUGAGGACCCGGUGGUGGUGACAAAGGCGGCCAUGAUUGUGAACCAGCUGUCCAAGAAGGAGGCGUCGCGGCGGGCCCUGAUGGGCUCACCGCAGCUGGUGGCGGCCGUCGUGCGCACCAUGCAGAACACCAGUGACCUGGACACGGCCCGCUGCACCACCAGCAUCCUGCACAACCUCUCCCAUCACCGCGAGGGGCUGCUCGCCAUCUUCAAGUCAGGCGGCAUCCCCGCCCUGGUCCGCAUGCUCAGCUCCCCUGUGGAGUCGGUCCUGUUCUAUGCCAUCACCACCCUGCACAACCUGCUGCUCUACCAGGAGGGUGCCAAGAUGGCGGUGCGCCUGGCAGACGGGCUGCAGAAGAUGGUGCCCCUGCUCAACAAGAACAACCCCAAAUUCCUGGCCAUCACCACCGACUGCCUGCAGCUCCUGGCCUACGGCAACCAGGAGAGCAAGCUGAUCAUCUUGGCAAACGGAGGGCCUCAGGCCCUUGUGCAGAUCAUGCGCAACUACAGCUACGAGAAGCUGCUCUGGACCACUAGCCGCGUGCUCAAGGUGCUGUCCGUGUGUCCCAGCAACAAGCCCGCCAUCGUGGAGGCUGGUGGGAUGCAGGCCCUGGGCAAGCACCUGACGAGCAACAGUCCCCGCCUCGUGCAGAACUGCCUCUGGACCCUGCGCAACCUCUCGGACGUGGCCACCAAGCAGGAGGGCCUGGAGGGCGUGCUGAAGAUCCUGGUGAACCAGCUGAGCGUGGACGACGUCAACGUCCUCACCUGCGCCACGGGCACCCUCUCCAACCUGACCUGCAACAACAGCAAGAACAAGACGCUGGUGACGCAGAACAGCGGCGUGGAGGCACUCAUCCACGCCAUCCUGCGCGCCGGCGACAAAGACGACAUCACGGAGCCUGCCGUCUGCGCCCUGCGCCACCUCACCAGCCGCCACCCGGAGGCCGAGAUGGCCCAGAACUCCGUGCGCCUCAACUACGGCAUCCCGGCCAUCGUCAAGCUGCUCAACCAGCCCAACCAGUGGCCCCUGGUCAAGGCGACCAUCGGCCUGAUCAGGAACCUGGCCCUGUGCCCAGCCAACCAUGCCCCACUGCAGGAGGCUGCGGUCAUUCCCCGCCUCGUCCAGCUGCUGGUCAAGGCCCACCAGGAUGCCCAGCGUCAUGUGGCUGCAGGCACACAGCAGCCGUACACGGAUGGCGUGAAGAUGGAGGAGAUCGUGGAGGGCUGCACUGGAGCCCUGCACAUCCUCGCCCGGGAUCCCAUGACCCGCAUGGAGAUCUUCCGACUCAACACCAUCCCCCUGUUUGUGCAGCUCCUGUACUCAUCAGUGGAGAACAUCCAGCGCGUGGCUGCGGGGGUGCUGUGUGAGCUGGCCCAGGACAAGGAGGCGGCUGAUGCCAUCGAUGCCGAGGGGGCCUCGGCCCCUCUGAUGGAGCUGCUCCAUUCCCGCAAUGAGGGCACUGCCACCUACGCCGCUGCUGUCCUGUUCCGCAUCUCUGAGGACAAGAACCCGGAUUACCGUAAGCGCGUGUCUGUGGAGCUCACCAACUCCCUCUUCAAGCAUGACCCCGCUGCCUGGGAGGCCGCCCAGAGCAUGAUCCCCAUCAAUGAGCCCUAUGGCGAUGACAUGGAUGCCACCUACCGCCCCAUGUACUCGAGCGACGUGCCCCUGGAGCCCCUGGACAUGGAAGGGGACUACCCCAUCGACACCUACAGCGACGGCCUCAGGCCCCCCUACCCCACCGCAGACCACAUGCUGGCUUAACCACCUCCACCCUGGUGCCGUUUCUCAUCUGAGAGCCUCUCCGUGCAGGUGAUGGAGGGAGACAGAAAAGUGCCUGAGCCAGGGAGGGCGCCAGCCCCACGCCUCCAGGUUCUCCUCUGUAGGGUCUUUUUGGGAUGGUGAUCUUCUGCUUUUCCGUUCUGAGAGGCCAGGGCCCAGCACCGCCCUCUCCGCCCCGGGGCCCGGCCACUGAAGCUUUAGGACACAAGCUGCCCACUUUCGUUUCCCGCCCAGCAAACCCCAGACCUGCCCCUCUCCAGCUGCCUGGGCCCUGAAGGUCUUUGGUUCCUCACCAAACUCUACCUGACCAACUGCCAUGAGCCUCUGGGUCUGCAGGUCCUGGAUUCAAGGCCCAAAGCCCCCAGAUCCAAAGCUUCUCUCAAAAGGUUCAGGGACCGCCCAGGGGAGCUGGGUCCGGGGGAGCUGGGGUGGGGACGUGGAGAGCGAGUCCCCACUCCAGGAGGCCGCCCGCCUCUCUCUCCAGGACACUAAGUUGGCUUUGGCCCCUCCUGGGGGAGCUCCGGGGACAGCUCCUCCCACCCCGGGCCACCCCCACAGAUGCCCCUGCUGACCCUAGAAGUGCCCUUGGCUGACCCCUCUGGUGUGCGGUGAGGGGCUUUCUUUUCCCCUUCCUGGUUCAACUCCCCCACUCCUGCCACCAGCAUGGGGGGGACGGGGGGAGGUCCUGGAGGAGUUUUAUUAUUGUUGCUUUGUUUUUGGUUAUUGGUUGUUUUGUAGAGACCAAAGCAAAGAAAAUAA